CGCAUUCCAUGCUAGAAAGGCAAGAAAGCUACCCAAUUCCUGCUCUUCCUCUACCGACGUGCUCCCCUCUAAUAAAACUCCCACUCCUAAUUUCUCCAUUCUCAUUUUAAAUUUAGUGGGGUUUUCCUCAAUUUUUCCAUACCAAACUCAAACAAAGACCUUGCCUUUCUUCCUGUACCUUGAUUUUUCUCUCUUUUUUGGGUAUUUCCUGGAUUUUGGGGAGUUUUUCUCCAAGUCAGCUGCCAAUUUUUGGUGCAAAGAAAGGUUGAAACUUUGGGUGUUUUUUGGUGCCUGGAUCCAAUUUUCAGGAAUAAAGUAUUGUGAAGUUCAUUGUUCUCCUUCAUGGAGACUCUGAGUUCUGCCACGACUCUGCCUAUUCAUCAUCGAACAUCAAACUACGAUGAGUCAUCCAUGCAUCAAAGUUUACUCUUUGCAGACAGCCUUAAGGAUUUGAAGAAUUUGCGAACUCAGCUGUAUUCAGCAGCGGAGUAUUUUGAACUAUCUUACACCAAUGAUGAUCAAAAGCAAUUAGUUAUUGAGACAUUAAAGGAUUAUGCUAUCAAAGCUUUGGUGAACACGGUAGAUCAUUUAGGUUCAGUGACUUAUAAGGUUAAUGAUCUUUUGGAAGAAAAGGUUGAAGAAGUCUCCGAGACGGAAUUUCACGUGUCAUGUAUUGAACAGAGAUUACGCACAUGCCAAGAGUAUAUUGAUCGGGAAGGUAUGGCCCAGCAAUCAUCCAUCAUAGAUACACCGAAAUACCAUAAACGAUAUGUCUUACCAGCUGGUCAGAUUAUGAACAGCAGCGAUCUUGCAAAUUUGAAGUACAGAAGUUGCGGCGUAGAUGAAGAUGACUGGUUUCAGUUCCGGAGUGCUAUUAGAGCCACAGUUAAAGAUACACCAUCCACAAUUAGAGAGACACCAUCUUCAUUAAGAGAGACACCAUCAUCAUUAAGAGAGACACCAUCUUCAGUUAGAGAUACAUCAUCUACUAUUAGAGAAACAUCCUCCUUUGUCAGAAGAGGACGCUCCACUUCACCUGCUCCUCGGCCAUCUCGGUUACCUGGAUCGUUCUCCUUUGCCAGCUCCACCCCCAGAAAAGUACAAGACAAAAGAUCAGUUUCACCACAUCGGUUUCCUCUCUUGCGUUCUGGUUCUCUUGCUUCGAGACCAACAACACCAAAAUCCAGUAGGCCAACAACUCCGAAUUCUGCUGUUGAAAAACAACGGUAUCUUUCAGAAUCGUGGAAAUCGGUCUCAAUGCGAGUUCACGAUGAGAAGGAGAAGCCAAAGGAAGUCGAGCGUCACCCCAGCAAGAGUAAGCGUCUGCUCAAGGCGUUACUUAGCAGGAGGAAGUCGAAGAAAGAUGAAACAUUGUUUACUUAUUUGGAUGAAUACUGAUAAACUAAUAAAAUUUGCCCAGGAAAAAAAGUUGGGACAAUCUGCAGUAAUUUUAAUCUUAAUUUAUACACCAGAAAGUAAUUGUAAUUUGUUUCACAUAAGAUGUGAAAUGUGUUUGAGCUGUCUUUCAGCUGCUAUGUAUCAUAUGUAUUUACUUCAUAUUUUCUUCUCUUGCUCAA